AUGCCUCCCAAGAAGAAGGAAUCAGACAAGAGUGACGACAAGCCCAACGGCUCUGUUCACCCAGAAGCUCACCAAUAUCAGGCGGGCGACUCGACCCACCGAGACAUUGAUGCCUGGAAGCAUCGUGAGCCAUAUCGAGUUCACGAAAAUGACGAGAACUUUGACGUGAAGUGGAAGGGUAGCUGCCAUUGCGGGAAAGUCAAGUACCAGCUCAGCAGGGAAAAGCCACUUGCCAGCAAGUACUGUCAUUGCACAACAUGUCAGAGACUUCAUGGCUCACCAUUCCAACACGCCGCCAUUUUCCACAAGAGCGAUAUCAAUUUCACGCAUGGCCACCACGAUCUAGGCUGGUACGACCCUACGAACAAAGACGUCUCCCACCACUUGCCCUGCAAAGUCAGCUGCGCCUACUGCCGAGCACCGAUCAUGGACGAAGGUCGCAACAUGAUUCUGCUCUUCCCACCUCUUAUCGAAGGCAUCAACAGCAAAAAAGGCCGAGAAGCCUUCCGGGCUACCUGUCAUAUGUUCUACCCACAACGAGUCGUAGACUUCGAAGGAGACGGUCGAGUCAAGUGGGAGAAAUUGGAUAAUCAGAGCAAUAUCCUGGACGACGAAGGAAAUGUACUCGUCAAGUACGAGGAGGGCAUGAGCGCAGAUGACAUGGACAAGAAGAAGCGGAAGAAGCUGGAAAUGGAUGAGGAUGAUAGGGUGAAGAAGCUCAAGGGCAGCAAUAAGGAGGCCAAGGUCUGA